UUCAGUCCGCUAAUGGUACCAAAUACUUGUACGAAACACCAAUUCGAACAGUACGUCGAAGAUGUCGUCCGCAAGCACAGAUCUCUCAAGCUGCAACGAGCGUGUGCAAAUCAAAAUAUUAAUUCUCGGCGAUCGAGGCGUAGAGAAAACAUCAGUUGUAUGGAAAUUCGUGGGGAAUACGUGCGAAAAUGUAAGCAAAGGUAUCUUGCGCAAAUCUGUACGUGUCAACGACAAGCUAUACGAGUUGAACGUGUUUCACAUCGUCGCCGUUGAAGAAUUUGGAGAAGUAACACCAGAGUACAAGGACGUCGACAUAUGUCUUCUGAUGUACGCAGCAAACGAUCUGAGUAGUUUCGAAAACGUGACGCAUUGGAUAUCCAAGUUCAAGAAAGAAGCGAACAUUAAAAAUGGCGAUAUGUUCCCUUUCGGCGUUGUUGGCAACAAGCAGGACGUUCCCGACUAUACUAGACUAAUUUUAAGAAAAGAAGCGGAUGAUUGGUGCUGGAACAAUAAUCUUUGGCAUUCAGAAAUAUCAACCAAAGAGGAGAUUACCAUCAACCGAGUAUUUGGAGUAGGGAUGGCAUUGUACAAGCGUCGACAAGAGGAAUUGGGACAGCCAAGUGGAAUUCUCAAUAGCAUCCUCAUUCCUGAUGUUAUUAAAAGGACAAUGACAUGGUGUCGGCACUUCAAAAACUAAGGCGAACAGAUACUUAUAGCAGGGACGACAAUGUACGAGCGGAAUCGGGACAGUCAAGUGAAACUCCCAAUCGCAUCAUCAUUUCUGAUAUUCUUCUGAGAACAAUGACAUGGUGUCGGCAUUUCAAAAAGUAAGGCGAACAGAUACUUAUAGCAGGGAUGGCAAUAUACGAGCGGAAUCGGGACAGUCAAGUGAAACUCCCAAUCGCAUCAUCAUUCCUGAUGUUCUUUUAAGAAAAAUGACAUGGUGUUCGCACUUCAAGAACUAAGGCGAACAGAUACUUGUAAAUAGACGUAGAAGACAAUUCUUACUUUGUUAAAGACAUUAUUUUUCUA